AUGCCGUGCGUCAAGGGUAAAUGUGCGUCUCCACAAGGCCCGCUCAGCUGGAAAAGCGGGACUUUGAUUCGCUUUGAUAACGCCAGGGCCGGCGGAGGCAUCUCUGGGCGGCGUGAAGCGUCCCGUCGGAGCCGCGCCUCCUCGCCGCCGCGUGGAUCCCUCCGCGCGGUUAUCUCGCCCCCAUCUCGCUCCCGCUCCGCGCAGUGGCGGGGUGCGAAAAUGCCUCGCCGGCGCGCACCGGGGCGGCAGCCUCGGCGGCGGCGGCGGCCGCGGUGGGAGGGGGCGGAGGGGGAGGUGAGCGGCGGUGGGGGCGGCCCGGGUCCCGGCCAGGACUACUUCCACCCCGGCGGGGGCAGCCCGGCCGCAGCCUACCAGGCCGCCCCACCUCCUCCUCCGCACCCUCCGCCUCCGCCGCCGCCUCCCCCCUGCGGCGGGAUUGCCUGUCACCGAGAGCCCGCGAAGUUUUACGGAUACGAUAACUUACAGAGACAGCCGAUUUUUACGACCCAGCAAGAGGCCGAGCUGGUACAAUAUCCUGACUGUAAAUCGUCCAGUGGUAAUAUUGGCGAGGACCCAGACCACUUAAAUCAGAGCUCGUCUCCUUCUCAAAUGUUUCCCUGGAUGAGACCACAAGCAGCUCCAGGUAGACGAAGAGGAAGACAAACCUACAGUCGCUUCCAAACCUUAGAGCUGGAAAAGGAAUUCCUUUUUAACCCUUAUCUGACCAGGAAGAGAAGAAUCGAGGUUUCCCACGCCCUGGCCCUCACAGAGAGACAGGUAAAAAUCUGGUUCCAAAACAGGAGAAUGAAAUGGAAAAAGGAGAACAACAAGGACAAAUUUCCCGUUUCCCGGCAGGAGGUGAAGGACGGGGAAACCAAAAAAGAAGUCCCAGAACUGGAGGAAGACAGGGCUGAAGACCCGACAAAUUAACUUCUACCUUUAAAUUUUUACCACAGACUAUUAAAACUAAUGAUCAACAUAUGCUGGUAGACAACCACCGAUUUUCUUUUUUCUGAACAGGACCUUACCUGUGUUUUAAGCUACCUUCAUGUCACUGCUCUUGAGGUUUCUACACUUUCAGAGGGAUUUGGGGUGUCUUAAAAAAAGUUUCUAGUAUAGCAUAGAGGCUGCCUAUAACUGUCCUAUAAAAAGGGUAACUUGAUACUGACCUUGUAGCUAUAUUUUUAUAAUGGUGGUUUUUAAUGUCUGAGCUGGUGAUUUGUCUCAACAACGUAAACUUCCUAAUGAUUAGCACUAAAUGAUUGAAUAUAAAAUGCUUUAUUAAUCAAACAAGUGCACUUGAACAUUUUAAAAUCUUUUCUUUAUGGUGAGUAAAUUAAAACGUCUAUUGAUUUUUAAAAAUUAUGCUGGCAGAAUAUUUACUUUAUAUUAUUUGAUUAAAAUGUGUUAUUUAUGUUUUUUCCCCUGUUUUUAUAGUGGAUAUGUUGGAUGCCUUUUAUUUACUCCUUAAAGAUUUCUUUGUGUAUUUUGUAAAUGUAACGUGUCAGGGAAAAAGUCUGGGCCAAAUAUUUGAAAAGCACAUGUUCGCUGAAGAGUGUAAUGUGUACUACAGGCUCUACAGCUUCCUUAAACUUCAGGAAAAUGUUGGGCCAGUGACAAGACUUUCAGGACAAUGUCAAAAUUGGUGUUUUUAUCAUUUUCUCUCAUCCCUACAAAUGAAUGGCAAAUAAUUCAGAGUAAAUUAAUACUUGAAAAACCAAUUAUAACAUUUUCACUAACUCUUCGUCGCUCUGGUGAGUUACUUUGCUUUCAUUUUGAACUUCACUUGUAAUCACCUGAAAUACCUAAGUCUCCAGACCAGGCUGCCAUUGUGAUUCUGUUCUAAGUAGGUGCCAUUUAUUUAUUUGUAUUCCCUCCGCUGUGUUCGCCUGCUGCUUUUAAGCCAACUUGCUGUGUGCAUCUCAGAAGUCGGUUGGUACAUCCUCUGCUGUUCUUCAGGAAAGCUAUGGUCUUAUCACCUAUUUGAAACAAGCCCUGAGAGCAAAUGAGAAACCUCCAAGUGUAAACAACCGCUCCAGUACUUAGCUAGCGCCUUAAUAAAGAAAUCAAACUCUUUCUAGA